GUCCCAGCAGCUGAUUUCUCUGAGCCUCACCCAUGGGGGACACUAGUGCAUCAGGCUGCCUCCCUGUGCAAGGGCCCAAGACCCUGUCAGAGUACUUGGGGAAAAAGCAAGGGGCGGGGACAUAUUUUCAUAAGCUGCUCCUCCUCUGUAAGGCCAGCUGGGAGGGGAUAAGAGCAGCCUGGGCAGCCCAGUCUCAGCUCUGUGGCCUAAGAAGGGGCUGUGUGCACCAUGGCCUGGAUCCCGGUCCUCCUCGUGCUCCUCUCUCACUGCACAGGUUCCCUCUCCCAGCCUGUGCUGACUCAGCCGGCCUCCCUCUCUGCAUCUCCGGGAUCAACAGCCAGACUCUCCUGCUCCUUGAGCAGGGACAUCAAUGUUGGCAGCUAUAACAUGUACUGGUACCAGCAAAAAGCAGGGGGCCCUCCCCACUUUUUCCUAUACUACUACUCAGACUCAGGCAAGAAGCUGGGACCUGGGGUCCCCAGUCGAGUCUCUGGAUCCAAAGACACCUCAGCCAAUGCAGCGUAUUUGCUCAUCUCUGGGCUGCAGCCUGAGGAUGAGGCUGACUAUUACUGUGCUAUAUAUCAUGGCAGUGGGAGCAGCUAUAGUUACUCACAGUGACUCAGAUGAUGAGGAAGUGAGACAAUAACCCUGAGCCUACAGAUCUGUGCUCUGAGACUUUCUAUUGAGAAGCUUCUGUGGAGACACCUGAAGGAGAAAUUCCUCUGUGGUCAGAUGUCCUUGAGGAGGAAAGACUAACACACUGAUGUCUGUUACCUGGGACAGCACAGGGUGUCCCAAGAACUCACAGGCUGAUCCCUGUAGGGUUUGGCAUAAAUCAACAAUACAAAUA